AUGUCGUCGGAUCCUAAGCCAGCGUCUUUACGAGACUUGUACACAAAACCAAGCACUUCAUGGACAUUUACUCCCCAAUCCGCAUCUCCAAACUCGUCGUCAUCCGGCUCUUUCAACACCUCGUCUACGUUUAACGCCCCCCUCAGUGCGACAAUGAGUAGUGUAAAGAAGAUAGAAUGGGGGAGUAGAAGCUCUGGACCGCCUACAGUACCGGGCUCAUCGUUUGUUGGCCCGUCUUCAUCCUCGUACGGCGGUGGAUAUGACUCGCCGGCACCAAGCGUCGCUCUCAAGGCACUAUUGGCAUCCGCUUUUCUGCAGUAUACAACGACUGCGAUAGCGAUGCCGUGGGAAGUCGGAAAAGUCCUCUUGCAAGUCCAAUGGGUUCCGAAGAAACUGGAAGAGGACGCCUACGACGUGCAACUCGAGUUGGAACUAGAAGAAGAGGAAGAAAAUGACGAAUUGAGCGAGUCGUCUACAGACGAUUCCUAUUUCCAAGAUCCAACAUCUCCCACACGCCAGUCGCGUCAAGCACGCGCAAAACCUCUGAAUGCGCGUAAGAUGAGCACGGGACUAUCGACGUCCAAGGUUGGCCUAUCCCCAUUAGUCAUUCCAUAUGGUCCAGCAGAUGGUGUCUGGGGCAUGAUGAAGCGAGUGGGUGGAUGGAGAACAGAAGGCUGGCCAAGUCUUUGGAAAGGCCUUCUCACAUCAGUCACGCUGUCGCUUGCCAUGUCCACGAUCCAGCCCUCGGUCUCGUCAUUCCUCCGUCCAUUUUUUUCGGCAAAUGCGCCACCUCUUCUAGUCCCUCUUGCAUCCCAUAUUCUCACCGGUAUCAUCGUUUCGCCACUAGACACCCUACGCACAGUGCAAAUCAUUCAUCCUCGGCCGUCUCCAUCCCCUUUUACCCACUUUUCACUCGUCUCCGCCCAUACGUCCUCAAACUCUAUUGGAGAGACCAUCCGCCUACUUUACACUCAUCCGACCCUCCUCUACCCGGCUAUACUCGAUAAUACGAUUCGACCAUUGAUUACCUUGUUCAUGCCACGAGUCAUCGAACAUUUUACUGGUGUGCGGGUGGGAGUGAACAUCUGGAUGUAUCCCCUGCUGGAAUUUGUUGGAGGCGUCUUGUCACUGGGAAUUACUCUCCCGAUCGAGACGAUUCGGCGACGACUCCAAGCACAGGUUGUACUCCACGGACUUCCGGAUCCUACGUCUCCGCAAGAGGAAGACAGAUCAAGUCCACGGUCUCCCAAGACAAAAGAUGGACGCAUCCCCAGCUGUGUACACCUCUCGCCACGGCCUUACAAGGGAAUCUUGGAUUGCUUCUGGCGAAUUUUGACCGAAGAGCGAUCAGGUCCGCCUCCAAAGCCACAUCAUCGACAUGACAGAAUCAAAGCCAUGCGCUCGCCUCUAACGACACCUAAACCUCGGGGCGGCGCUGUUCGACCAAGCAAACAGCACAAACCGCGAUUAUCUGGUGGGAAGCGAGAUGUACGAAAUGUGUUUGAUGCGGAUAGUCCCGUGGGCCAUCGACCGCGGAUGUUGAGCGAAGAGAUGCGUGCGAGCGAGUAUCGUGCGCAUACGAAUGCACCUUCUGCGCAUCCACAGGCUGGAGACGGAGGGUUGACUGAAAAGCUCGAGGAUCAGUAUGAGCGUGCCAAGGCGGAUAUCGAGGCGCAGGGGAUUGAUGGGUGGUUGGCUGGGACGGGGGUGGGGCAGUUGUAUCGUGGGUUUGGAAUGGGCGUUGGUGCGCUUGCACUUGUCCUUGUUCUUGGGUUGAUCACGGGCGAUGAACCCGAGGGAUGGGCGGAGCUUUAG